GGUGUCUGUGUAUAUAUUUGAGGGUUUGAAGGAGGGGCUGCAGCUCUUCAGCUUCAUCUCUUUAGUUCAACAGAAAAAGUGUCAGACAGCAGCAUGCUGCCACCAAACCUACUGAUCGUGUCGAUAGUCAUCCUUCUGGGAACUACAGCAUCUACGGCGCCUGUGGAGGAGAAGGAGGUGGAGGAGGUGGAAACGGAGGCCACAGAGAUGCUGGAGGGGGAGGUGUCUGAGGAGGAGGAGGAUGAUGAUGAUGACUCCAAGAGUCAGGAUAAUAUUGAUGGAGCUCAGCAGACCACCGUGUCGGCAGCGGCAGCCGGAGGUUCAGUUUCCAGUGGUCAUUCUCCAGAGAUGGGGUCUCAUGUAGGGGCAGCAGGAAGCUCUGCAGGUCACGGAGGUGAUCUCUCCUCUGUCGAUUUAGCAGCAGCUGGACAUCCAAGCAGCUCCUCAGGUUCUGAAGGUUCCACGGGUUCUGCAGCCUCUGUAGGCUCUGCAGGAUCUGCAGGUUCUCCAGGGUCUGUAGGCUCCAUGGGUUUUGCAGGUUCUAUAGAUUCUGCAGCAUCUCCAGGUUCUGCAGGCUCUGUAGAUUUGGGAGGAUCUCCUGGUUCUGUAGGUUCUGCAGCUAUUUUAGACUCAGGAGGAUCUCCAGGUUCUGUAGCAGCUGAAAUCUCUGGUGUUUCUGCAGGUCAAACUCACCCAGCAGGAUCCGAGCGCCUACCAAGUCCAUCUAAAACAGACAUGAACGGUCCUGGUGGAAUAGACUCAGAGAAUAAUGGUAAUGGACAGAAGCUGCUGAACGGUGGAGGAGGUGGAGCCGGAGUCGACAGUCACACUGGAAUCGUCGAUCCGUCCAGUCAUGACUUCCUGCUCAACCUCAUGGGUGGUGGUUUGGUGGAUCCUUUCAGUUCAGAUGCUCACUUAAAUAUUCCAGCUCACUUGACCGCACCGCCUCACCAUGAGUUCUCAGGCCCUGGAGAGACAGCAGCGCCACCUGGUGGACAGAACAUCCCAGGCUCGCCUGCAGAUUCUUCGUAUCACGCUGUGGGAAGGGUUGACCAAUCAGGCGCAGGCGGCACCUCGCUGACAUCCGGAUCUGACCAAUCACUGGCCAGGCCUUUCCCGGGUUUCUCUCAUUCUGCAGUUUCCUCAACAUCUUUAAUAGACAAUGGCAACGGAGAUCACCAGCAGCAGACAAAUGGAGAAGAAUCCCCUGACAAUAAUGGAAACGGUAGACAGACUGUGCUGACAGACAUGAACGGAGGAGUGACAGAAAGAAUGGUUUCUCUCCAUGAUGUUAACACUCAGAGCCUGCAAAUGCAAACUGAUCUCACAGGUGGAACAGAGUCUGUCACCCGUCUUCAUGUUGACUUCUUAAAUUCAGGUCUCGGCCGUGAUGUCACAGAGUUGUCUCCCAUCACUUUGAGCAUAGAACCUGCAGCUGCCGUCACCAACACGCUGAGCCCAGUUUCAGGUGUUUAUUCCAACACAGAUCAGGUUACUGUGCCAGCAGACUCCACAGGUACAGACACAGUUACAGCACAUCCAACAGGGACUCCAUUUGACUCCAGUCAUCUAGCAGGGACAGAUCACUCACAAAUGGCUGGUUCAGUCACUGAACAGUACAACCCAUCUGGUCAGGGUCCUGAAGGUGCUGAAAAUGUGGAAUUGGAGGAUACCUGCUGACUUCCACAUCAAGCCCCGCGUGCGGUUUAUCCGUUUUCAAAUUCCGUGUACCGACCAAUCAGCAUGGCCCAGGAAUUCUGACUCCACCCACUAGUUGUAGACCCCGCCCCCAACAAAUGAGAAAUGUUCCCUUUUGUUGUUUAAAUAUUUAAAAAAACGAAUAUUUGUGGACGUUUCAAAAGGUUUUCUUUUGUUUUAGACCAUCUUUGGGUCUGCUCCUUUAUCUACCACUGGGGAACGAUCCGGCUAGACGUGAGGACGGAGGAUUAAGUCGCGUCAAUAAUUACUGACGAGAUAAGUGUGUGAAAAUAAAGAAAAAUCACUCGCUGGUCAUUUCCCAAGCUGGAAUGUAACAUGACGACUCAUUACUUGCCUCGCAUCUUUUUUAAUGG